GCCCAAGUAAUCCGAUCCCACUGGGUAUGCAAUCCAUCAGGUCGACCAGAUGGAUUUAGAGGUGUAGAUUGGCUUGUUGAGCGAAACAAUCUGUAUACAAAGGCAGGUGAACCCGCAUAUUCUCACUCGAACAGGACACUUACCCACAUUAUCAACCAGUCUUCGCUGAUAGAGACCUACUGA